AUGGGUCUUUUCAAGAAAAGCGAUGGUGACGAGGAAUCUAGUCGCCGAGCACUCUUUGGCUCGCGCAAGAAGGACAAAAGCCCCUCCAACCCCUCCAACCCUUACGCCCAACCAAUUCCAGUAGACCCAUACACAAAAGCCAAGAUUGGCGCCGGUGUUGCCUCACCUGCCGACCACCCAACCGCAAACGGCAGCCCCCACGCCAUCCCCUCCGACAACAAGUACUCCUCCGGCUACGCUCCCAACAAAUACGGAAACCAAGGCGGCUACGGCAGUGAUCGAUUCGGUGGAUCUGGCGCAGGCGCCGGUUCCCCAGCCUCCGGCUCAGGCUCGCGGUAUGGAAGCGGUGGCUACGGAGGUCUGGGCGGCGAUGAUCCCAAUGACCCGUCUGCGUCGGAUCGCAACAAGCUGUUCGGCGGCGCCAAUAAGAACCGGAGCCCAGACAACUCGGGUGCUGCGCCGCCACCGUACUCCGAGGGCCAAGGUGGUCAAGGUGGCCCAGCACAGAACUACGGUGGCGGCAGCAACGAAUACAGCAUGGCGACCUUCCAGGAGCGACAGCUGACAGCCGAAGAAGAGGAAGAAGAGUCCGUUCAGGCGACGAAGAACGAGAUGCGCUUCAUAAAGCAAGGUGAUGUGGCGUCGACACGGAAUGCACUCCGAGCUGCCGCACAGGCCGAAGAAACCGGCCGCUCUACUUUGGCCCGACUCGGUGCGCAGGGCGAGUCAAUCCACGAUGCGGAGAAGAGCCUGGACAUGACGACCAUUGAAGGCCGCAUCGCAGAGGACAAGGCAAGGGAGCUCAAGACACUCAACAAAAGCAUGUUCGCCGUGCACGUGUCGAACCCUUUUACUGCCUCGCAACGCCGGCGCGAGCGCGAUGAGAAGGUCCUUAAUACACACCGUGAGGAUCGUGAUAUCCGCGACGGUACACGGGCUGAGGCACACGGGACUAAUCAGCGCAUGGAGCGGGUGUUCCGUGAUAUUGACCGCGAUGCGGCGAAACAGGGCAAGGGCAAGAAGGCGAGUGUCACCGAGCGUGCUAAGUACCAAUUCGAGGCGGAUAGCGAGGACGAGGCACUCGAAGACGAAAUCGAGCAAAACUUGGAUCUGCUCAGUGGUGCUACUGGUCGGUUGAACGGUCUUGCUAAGGCCACUGGCAAGGAACUGGAUGAGCAGAACAGACAUCUGGAGCGUAUCACAGGCAAGAGCGACUUUGUCGACGAUCAAAUUGCCAUGAACCGGGCCAAGCUGGACCGGAUUCGUUAG